AUAAAUCUGUUGAAAGUUUACUAAAAGGAUCAAGGUGUAGAAGUAAAUUGGUUGAACUAAAUUUCUCUAGUAAUUUUUAUAACAAUAACUCUUUCGAAGAUGAUACAGUAGUUGAUCUAAGUGAAAUAGAAUCGGAGGAAUCAGAACUAGAUAAGUCAAGAGAUUCUGAUUAUGAUGAUCUUUACAAUCUUGAAGAUCAUGAACUUCUUGGUUUGGAUGUUGAAUUAAACGAUUCUUGGAUAUUGUUAUAG